UUUUCUGUCAUGUCAGUAGUGGUUUAGUGGUUUGUAUUCAUCAUGGCUUCCGCGGGUUGGAAAUCAAUUGAAUUAAAUUUAGAUAUCUUAUGUUUGUUGUACUCAAGCCCAUAAUAUUAUAAACUUAAUCAGUUCGCACGUAUUAUUUUGAUAUUUUAAUUAUAUUGAGUUUUGAUCAGUGAAAUAAAAGAACUUAUAAUGAAUUCCUGUGAAGAAUCAGAAUCAUCUGUUUGUGAUACUCUAGAUCUGAGUGGUCAAGGACUUAAAAAAUUAAGUCGGUGUCCGUCAGACGCAGAUAUUAAUACUUUAAUCGUAGACGAUAAUGAACUUCAAAGACUUGAUAAUCUUGAUACUUAUCACAGAAUCACAAAGCUCUCUAUUGUACGCAAUCAGCUUUUACGAAUGUAUGGAGUAUCAAAAUUAUGUAAUUUGGUUACACUAAAUUUGGCUAACAAUGGAAUUUUAACAAUCGAAGGCAUCAAAGAUAUGCCAAAUUUAACAACUCUGUGCUUAGCUGGGAAUAAUAUUAAAUCCAUUGAGCAUCUGCAUACUAAUACAAAAUUACAACACCUGGAUUUAUCUGAAAAUAGUAUCAGUCAUAUUUCUGAUAUUUCUUAUCUCAGAAAUUUAAAAGAGUUAUUUUUACACAAUAAUCGCAUAAUAACGUUACGACAAUCUGAAAGAUAUUUGCCAACAUGCUUAGAAACUCUAACAUUAGCUAACAAUAAUAUUACAGAUUUAAAUGAAAUGUCUCAUCUCAGUGGAUUGACGAACCUUAUUAAUUUUUCUAUUGCUAAUAAUCCUUGUGUUAGUUCUACAGGUAAUAGUAUUGGUUUUGAUUAUCGUCCAUUUGUCAUCAAUUGGUGUAUGAGUCUCAAGUCAAUCGAUGGAUAUGCUGUAGAUCCGAUUGAAAGUUUAAAAGCUGAAUGGCUUUAUUCUCAAGGACGAGGCAGACAAUUUCGUGUUGGUGAGCAUUCAUUACUUACUCAAUAUUUAGCAUCUGUUUGUCCAUUAUCGGGUGAGUGUCUUGAGAAUGAGACGGACAGAAAGCUUAGAUUAAUAUUGAGUAAAGCGCAGCAUCAUCAACAACAACUCAAUCAGCAAAGUGACACCAGUACUGUUCAUGGUAUAAUACCAUCUCCGGUAGCUAGACGAAGAUUAGGACCUAAUCGUACUAGCUCACCGAGACGUCCAACACCAAUUUUUGCAUUCCACGAAGAUAAAUACUUACAAUCAGCAAAAUUUUUCAAGUCAAAAUACUGCGUCUGCCCGUCACGAUGCAAAGGUUCUUCAUGUAAUUCUAUGCGAUUGAGAUCACCAGAUCGAAUGGUAGCAAGUUGUCAUACUGAUACUAUGAUAUCAUCUUGUCAUGGAACUCUAGCUGAUAACCAUGAAUUAUUGAUGACUCAAAGUCUUGAUCCAAAUAUGUUGUGCAAUACUUUUAAUAACAAAUCCAAAGAAUCCGGAUUAAAAGAUAUCGAAGAAACUUCAAGUCCUUUACAAGCAGCAACGAAACUAGUACCUGUGCCAGAAUCAUUGAUGAGCCCAGAUUUUCGGCCACCUUCUGGUCUCUCGCGAAUUCUUCCAAAAACUCCACCAUCUCGACUUAACUCACCAAUACAGACAAUUGUACCUGUUAAGAUUAACAACGAAAAUAAUUCAAAAGCCAUUACAACAAGCAAUUUAUCAAAUAUUGUUACUGCUAAAACUAGUGUAGGAGUACUAAAAGCAAAUUCUCUUAUGAAAAGUAAUUCGGCGUCUAACUGUGUAGCAGGAAAAACAAAUAUUGCUAAACCUAUUACGACAAAUACAAAUGGUAAAUGUCCACAGGCUGUUAAAAUAAAUAAUUAUGUGCAAAGUAAAAUAUCAACACCAAAAAGAAGUGCUAGAAAUUCACCAAAUUUGCCUAGAAAUCCACAAAGAAUGAAAGCUGCAAAUGACAAAGUAAAAAGUAACGAUUUACAAAAGGGUAAAUUUACGGGUAAUGAUAAUACAACAAUGAGUAGUGAUGAAGAUAGUGAAGUUUGUCAAGUAAAAUUGAAUAAUAUUCGACACAGAGCUAUUCAAAGACGCCAGGAGGAUACAAAUAAAGCCGAAGAUCAAGCUGAAAAGGCAGCUGUAUGUAUUCAAAGAAUGUGGCGAGGUUAUCAUACACGUAAUUUAAAUAAAAAGGCUACAAAUGUUUUAAAAACAAUUGAAAUGAUGAGGACGAAUAAGUACAUACAAAAAUUAUCAACUGACAUGGAAGCAACACGUACUGCUCUUGAAAGUGAACAUAAACUACAAUUACUUCAAAUGCAAGCUAUAAAUGCACUGUGGAAAAAAGUUGUUAGUUUACAACCAGGUGGACGUGAUGCAAAUGAAAUUAAUAGUGCACAAGCAAACACUGAUAUUGUUACAAAUCUUGCGCAGACUUGUAAUUUAUUGCACAGUCAGGUACAACAAUUACAAGAUUCAAUGACUGAGAUAAAACGAUGUAUGUCAAAUAUGCAAACAAAAGUUGUGUUAAUUGACAAUGGUGUUGGAACGCAAACAGAAAUAUCGGCAGUACACACUCCAGCUGGUGAAGAGAAUUCAUUUCCAUAUGGCAAACCACUAAUUCGACCGCAAUCAUUGUCUAUACAACCGACAAUACAUGAAAGUGCGGAGAGUAAAUCUUUCGCUACAAAUCUUGUUGACAGUGUUCUUAAAAAAGUAUCUCAAUCAACAGACACAACGGAUGAUGAAAUUAAUACUGAUAUACUUAAUUCAAAUUCGAAUCCAGAAUUAUUAUCAGCUGAUCAUCAGGAAAUGUUUAAAAGCUGUGAAGAAGUUGUUGAGGAUGAAUUCAAAGAAAUGGAUGGUGAGUUGGAAAAAGUUAUUGAGAGUACAGAUAUUUGUGAAGAGACCAUUUGUAAAGAGUUACAUAAUCUUAUUGAAAAUGAGAGUGGUCAAGAAAGUACUGCUGGAAGUGAAAAAGAAAAUUCCUACUAAAUUACUAAUAAUAAAAACAAUUGCUUAUUUAAUGAUUCCGUUAUUUACAAAUUAUAAAUUCAAGUCUGAAUGUGAUUAUAUUUCACAUAAUAAUAGUUUAUAUCGAGAGUCACUGUACAUAAAACAUAUAGAGUAAUAACUCGUUAAAUUAUCAAUAUUAAUUUUAAAUAAGUUGAUGAAAAAAUACAUCACGUGACAAUUGACAGUGGAAUAAUAAAAUAAUAUGUCAAUUUUUUCGAAGAUUAAAAAGAGUGACUUAAAUAUUCGCCUUUUCAAGAUAUUUAUCUAGAAUAAUGCAUAAUUGAUAAACAAAUAAAUAUAUGUAAUCUA